CCCAGAAAUAGAAACAUGUUCAGAACUGAGAGGCACCGUGGAGGACGACACACUGCUGCUCUCACACUUCAGGAAGCAGCCCUCAGGAUUUGGUUCACCAUCAUGCACCUCUGGAGCCUCUCUGAACUGCAGGGGGCCUCGACCCCACAGACUGCUCAGGAUGGAGCUUCUUCUUGGAGCUCCAGGCUCAGGGGGGACUCCCCCCUCCCAAGCAGCCCACUGAGGGGAGCUUGUUUCUGGAUGUGUCUGCUGCUGGGGUCCCUGCUGGUCCCUGGAGCCCGGAGCCUUUCGAACACUGAGGAGGAGCUUCUGGUGGAGCUGCACAACCAUUACAGAGGACAGGUUUCUCCCAAAGCCUCAGCCAUGAUGCCCCUGAAAUGGGAUCAAAACCUGAAGGUGCUUGCAGAGGGCUACGCUGCUAAAUGCAUCUGGAAUCACAACCCAGACCUGGAAGAUAUAGGAGAAAAUCUGUUUGCUGGCACCGGGCCUCUGGACCUCCCAUCAGCUCUGGAGAAAUGGUUCCUGGAACACCUGAAUUAUGACUACCAGAACAACAGCUGCGAAGAAGACCAGAUGUGUGGACACUACACCCAGAUGGUUUGGGCUGACAGCCACACGGUCGGCUGCGGUUUCCACCUCUGCAAUACGAUGAGCGGACUGAACUGGAAGAACGCCUCCUUCCUCGUCUGCAACUACUUCCCAGCAGGGAACUAUGAAGACCAGCGGCCGUAUGUGGAAGGGGAUCCCUGCUCCAGUUGUCCACAUAACCUCCAGAAAUGUGAAAACAACCUCUGUGUUCCAGACACUGUGGAUGAUGGGGAUAUAACUAGUAGUCCCUCCGAUCCUGCACCAGAGGGCACUCAUUCAUCUGCAGAUGUAGCCUUCUUUGAUACUUCAACCAAUUCUCCCACAGUUCCCAGUAUCUUGACCACUGAUGUGACAUGUUGCACCAAGAGUCCUCUUCCAGGAGCUACUACUGAACAGGAAUACUUUUCUACUGAUGUUCACACAUCGUCCUCAUCUGGAAAACCUGGGGAGGAUGGGACCAAGGAGGAAGAGGAGGAGCAGAGAAGGAAGAGAAUCAUCUGGAACCAGGAAAUGUGGAGGAAGUCGGUGCCUAAGGGCAGAGUAUCUGUGGGUUCUGUGUCCAACCCAGCGGUCCUGUUGGCCUGCCUCACUGGCCGAUUGUUUCUGUAGGAGAACAAGACCAACGUUUACAGUUACUUCAGCAAAACUCAUCUGGUAAUAAUUCACACCCUUGCAGAAACCAAACUCCAUCUGUAGAAAGUCUGGACUGAACUCUGGGUCAAACAAAGUCACUAAAACCUGUUUGAUUGUUAAUGGGAUCCAUAAUGUCUCCAGGAGUGGAGAAAAUCUCCCAGAGCCAAAGAAAAAGAAACUAUUAGAACCCAAAGCUUAAUACCUGAAUCCGGUCCAAACUGGUUCGGUUUACAUGAGAAUGGCUGAUGGCUUUAUGACGUUGAAGGGACGAUUCGGCUGCUGGGGCGAAAGACACAUUCUGUGUAGAACUCAUGACAAGGUUCUGGGGAACUAGGGGACGAGGCCCAGUUGGAUUUGAAGGUUCUUUCCUUCAGCAGAAACCUUGGCAUGAAAUGAUGUUGUCUUAAACUCCAAGCCUGAUUGUCUUCUCAGAACAAAUGUUCUGUUUCUGGCUUUGAGGUGAGAACAUCCUCCUCAUAACAUCAGGUUCUGCUGUAGCCUGAUUCUCGCCCCAGGAUUAAAUUGGACCCCACUGCUCUGCAGACUUUGAUUGAACACCGUGAAGUUUUGGAUCUCCUUGGUUUUACAUGGAUCUGAAUCUCACUGAAUGGUUCCUGGUCUGAGGAGCUGUGAGCGUCAGAUCACUCUGCAGAUACUAAAUCCAUGAUUUAGUUGGUGUGAUGAGGCUGAUCCUAUGACAUAAAUGUUCCUGCUGGAUGGAGAUGGAGCUCCACCAGCUGAUGCUCACAGACGUGCCAAGAAAACCGAUGACAUUCCUGGAAAAAAGCAUCGAAUAGAAACUAUGCGUAGAGGUUUAAAGAGAGCUGGGAUGGAAAAUCAGUCCAAGGAUCAGCUUCAGAAGCUGGAGUUUGCUGAAAUGUUUUCCUUCUUCUCCCAAUCAAUCUGUGCAGCUGCGCAAACAUGUCAUUUCAUCAAACACCAUCUUUAAAACCAACAGAGUCAAAAAUAGAAUAUCCCAAAAAUAUUAGAGAUCAAGAAUAGCUUCAGUUGAAUUUGUCCUUCUGGGUGUGUGGCCCAUUGUGACCUGGAACUCCUUUCUUUCUCUUUGCAUGCUGGGAAUGUCGUUUUUGCUGAUUUGAAUGUUUUUCUGCAGGGAAACCAGCUAAACUCACAAAGAACUUUUUAACAUAACAUAAAGUUGCACAAUGAUUUUUCACCAGGAUACCAAAACAAAAUGCAGGAGAAAAGGUCUUAAAAGAGACAACCCUAGUUUUCCUCUUCCUGAAACUGGAUAAUAAAUCAAAUUCAUCUCAGCAUCCGUGUCAGAAAGAAAAAGAGCAACAAUCUCUGAUGAAGAUGAUGUAAAUGUCUGUUUAUGCCAUAAAUAAAGACGAAAUUAUCUUCAGUGA